CAGUGGGAUUCACACACCUCCCAUCUCCCAUGUUUACGUCAAAUCCUUCCCAGCAGCGGAUGUUAUUGGAAAAGUGGGGCUACAAACGUGAACAUAUGAGCUAGAAAGCACUGAAAAGUUGUCAGUCCUGAUAUUUCCAUUAACGCGGUGGAUACAGAAGAAUCGCUGCUUGAACGCCAGCGCAGUGUGAGGAGAGCUCCCUUCUCUGGCCUCCUUCCAGGGAACCAGCAUGUCCAGUGACCCCCCUCCUCCUUACCCAGGGGGCCCCAGUGCCCCGCUUCUCGUAGAGAAAAAUGGGCAACCUCCAGUUCCUGCAGCCAGUGCUCCAGUAAUGACAGGACCUCCACAAGGGCAGCCACUGCCUCCAGAAUAUGGACCUCCACCUUAUGAAGCUACACUACAACCUGGCUUUGUUCCUCCACACGUCCCAGGAGAAGGUCCCAUGCCCAAGCCUUUGCAUAUGCCAAUGCCCAUGCCUCAUCCUCACGGUGGUUACUAUGCUCCGCCUGGACACUUUCCUCAUCCGAUAGCUGAGCACUAUGGUCCGGGGCCCAGUCACUUUGCUCCAGGUCACACAGCCACGGUCCUCGCCCCUCCUGGUGCCGCCACCACCGUGACUGUUCUACAGGGGGAGAUGUUCCAGGCGGCUCCAGUGCAGACGGUUUGUCCACACUGCCAACAACCCAUCAUCACCCGCAUCAGCCACGACAUCGGCCUCAUGAAUACUCUUAUCUGUAUGUUCUGCUUCUUUGUCGGUUGUGAUCUAGGUUGCUGCUUGAUCCCCUGUUUGAUUGACGACCUCAAGGAUGUGACGCACACUUGCCCAAACUGCAAGGGCUAUAUUUACACAUACAAGCGCAUAUGCUAACAGUUUAUGCCAUCAACGAUCUUGCUGUGACCUCAUUCUGGUGGGUGUUGAUGACUCGCUUUUUGGUGUUCAUUUUUCCCCAACUGACAGUUCAUAUUUCCAGCCUCUUCUCACUUCAUGUAACUACUGAUUCUCACACAUUUUGACAUAGUUACUGAUGCCUGUAAAAUUAAGCAGAGGUGAUUAGCGGUCAUUGAAGGAUCGGUACAUUUUAUAUGCACAAUAGUCAGGGUUACAUUGUGUCAUCCAAGUACUGUUUUAUUUUUAUUUUAGCAGUAGAGCAAAGUGUAUCAAUUUAGAGAAUAUGUGAAAACAUUAACCUUGAGAAGCGUAACUAAAUGAAGUUCACUUCAGGGUCAGUAUUGUUGGAUUGUAGGAAUAUUAUUUUAUGCAUUACUGUUUUAUUUUAACCUAUUAAAAUGACAAAAAGUCUUUGAUGGCUGGGUCUGGGACUUUUGAAGACCUGGAGUAACAUUGUUGCUUUUACAUGUGAAAAUGUCACCGUAUUUGGCAUUUCAUGCAAAUGUCAUGGUUUUUUUUUUUUCCCUUUCGCUUUUGUUUUCGAUUUUUUUAUAUUUGUCAAUAAGGCUCAUUUAAAGUCGAUUUGAUAUAUGCGUAUCAAUGUAACAGGCAUUGUGUCAUUUUAGAUGAAGGAUUUCUAUUGAUAAAGGGAUCUGUAUGUCCAUCUAAAUCUCCUUUUAGUACUUUAGAGAUGCCAUGCUAGGGACGUAUUUGUGGAAUUCAACCAAUAUAUACUUAAUUUCUUUGAACUGUGAAUCAAAAUUAUAGCCACGGUGCUUUUCAAACCACUAUACUAGCUGUUCUGUGGUGUCAGUUGGCUGUUUGAGACUUCUGUAAACUAUCAUCUGCUAUUCAGGUCAAUUUAUUAAUCAUUAAUAAGGUAGAUCUUUGUUUGCUGAUACUAAGAUUGGCGUAGAAACAUCAAUAAUAACAGAUAAGCAUCCUUUAACAGUUAUUCUGCUGAAGAACAUGUUUAGAAGUGGUUGUUGCAUCAUUUUUUCAUUUCUACUUGACGUUGUGAAGUCGUCGUCUUCAAAGAGAAAAGACAUUGGAUAAGGCUGUUCAAAGCUGCUUUGCUGUUGGGAGUUCACCAGCAUGAUGAAGGACGCUGCAUGACUUCACUGUAAUCUUGCAUAGCGCUCUGUUGGGCCAUAUGUGCCCUCAGUGUGUCACGCUGUGCUGGUUGCUGCACUGGGCUUCAUAACUCAAAGCAGAUUAACCCUUCGCUUAUUAAUACUGUGUGCAACAGGCCACGAGGAUUUAAAGGAUGAUUGUCCUAAUUUUCCUUUUUUGUGUGUGUGUGGUCAGAUUGUGAUUUAUAUGGAAUCAUCCAAAGAGAUUCUUUCCUAUAUUUGGUUAGGGUUAUUAGCUGCGAAAUUGUAAAAUUUUGUUCUGUCCAUAAAUGUGAUUUACUGAUGAAAUGGUACGAAAUGUAAAAGCUACAACAUCAGCAGUGCUUAGACACCAUCUCUAUUUACCUCUGUUUUUAAUUUACAUUUUUUUGUUUGUUUGUUUAAAAACUACACUAAGUAACAUUUGGGUCUGUAGCGGUUUAAAAAAAAAAAAAAAAAAAAAAAAACCCUGCAUGCUUCUUGCGGAAGAACAUUGUUUUGGUUGUGCUUCGACUCCGAUCCUCUUAUGUGGAUGAAUGUAGUUUGUCGGACAGCUGUAUCGGUGUGCGGGGUUUUCCGUGUUGAAUGUUCCAUGGUCAUUUUCCUUGUUCGUUGUGACAACAAACUUUAAGCUUCACCCUUCUCCCACAACAUGAACGCUAAGAUAUUUCUUUGUGUACGGAUAUAUGCUGAUAAAUAAUGCAACGCACGGAAGAAUGUCGUAGCCUAUGCAAUUUCCCGCAAAAUCCGUCCCAACUUCUCUAAAAUAUAAGUAAUUAUUAUAGGGUAAUCAAAUUGCAUUUGGGUGAAUUAAGGACGUUUUUACUCUAGCUCAUUAGUAAUAUAUAUAUAUUUUUUCAUCAAAAAGUUACAUAGUGUAGUUUUAAAUGAUUCAGUUAAUAAUCGUGUUUCUCUGGUAGACAAUCUGCCAACGUUAUAGCCGUUUAACAAUCAGACUUUCCAUCUUUCCAUUGUACACACAAAGGGAAAAAAAUGGAGCAGUCGCUCUGUGAAUGCACACAAGCCUCAUUGUAUGAUCUUUUUAAUCAGAAACAAACACUGAAUUUCAUAGCAUUUGCCCUUUAUGCAUAUGCAGGUAUUACAAACUACCACAUUAAAUUCUGAUUUCAAAGUAUUCAGCAGUUAAAAUUUUAACGUACUAUUGUCUGACUGAAGAAAAAAGAAUGACCUCAUCCCAUCCAGCUUCCUAUCAACCAUGACCUGCUGUAAUAUCAUCAAGACCUCUCCCUUCAUCUGCAAAAACUAUGUCUGUUUGAUUAUUGGAAGAUAAUCUCCAGUAAAUAUGUAUGCAUGAUCAUGGGGUUUACUUGCACAGUCCAGUCUGGCUCCCUUUAAUUUAAUAUGCUCUUGACUCUGUAGGUCUACUUGCUUUGUGAAGUGACUUGCUGUUGCAGACAAUAGAUGUCAAGCUUGUGUUACAGGAAUGCAGCUGUAGGUAGAUGCCUUGAGAAUAGUAUAUGGCACUACACCAGAUGCCAUGCUCAACUCAAGUCUCAAAUGUGUAUGUAAAACAAAACUUAUGGACUGACUAUUUGAACAAAUAAAAAGACAAACUGUA